AUGACCAGCGUCGACAAUUCGACUUUCUUGCCCAAUGGAGGCUAUCUCCAGAAGGGAAGAGAGACCAACAUUCGAGCUAAGGAUUUGGGAAACAAGGCUCACUACCUGGCUCCUUCUCGGUGGUAUCGGGACGAGAAGAUCUUCAAGUUGGAGAAAAGGGCCUUGUUUUCUACGCUAUGGCACGUGGCCAGCUUCAUCUCUCGAUUCCAGAAAGCUGGGGAUUACCUGUCUAUGAACCUGCUGGGAUGGAACAUAUUCCUGAUUAGAGAUAAACAAGGCAACAUCAAUGCGUUCCACAACAUCUGUCGACAUCGAGGUUUCCCCGUCCUAACCAAAGAUUGUGGUUCCACACCAGUUGUGUCGUGUCGUUUUCAUGGCUGGUCAUAUCUCCCAACGGGAGAACUCCACAAGGCCAAAGGAUACAACAAUCUGGAGGAUUUUGACCCAAAGGACCACUCACUCUUCAAGAUUCAUACGCACAUCACUCCCCAGGGAUUCAUCUUUGUGAAUAUGGAUGCUCGUGAGACUCCUGCUGUGUCAUUUGAGCAGCAGUUUGGGGAUGAUUUCGAACCGGUGCCUGCGUCAAAAACGGGCCAAGAAGUGGGGGAUGAAUUUGCACUGUUCCCCCGUGACGGACAGCACUGGACUUACGACCAUACUUGGAACAGUUCCAUUGCGGGCAAAGAAUUUAACUGGAAAACGUUUGUGGAUGGGUUCCAGGAAUGCUAUCACUGCGCAACAGGACAUCCCACAACGCUGCCCAAGGAUUUCAAACUGGACGAGUAUUAUCUUCGACAAGGCCACGGAGCGUCACGACACUUCUUGCCACCCAAGGUCGAAGGCAUAUCGGAGGCAUACAUCACAUGGCUCUGGCCAUUGGGGGCAGUGACGUUUAGUGACAAUCUCCUGUUCAUCGUCCGCUUUGACAUCAAUGGUGCGUUGGACACUUCGUAUGACAGUGAGACAUACCGAAGAGCCAGCAUUGCGAAGCCUAGCCCGGAGUACGACGUUUGGAUGAAUGAAGAAAUAGCAUAUUGGCGCCUGGUGGAGAUUGAAGAUGUGCAACUGGCAGUGAAUGCACAAAAGGGGUUCAAGAAUGGCGUCUUGGGCUUGGGACGACUGCACUCAGUCGAAGAACAUGCUGUGAAAUGGUACCUGGACAAAGUGCAGGAAGUGUUGGUGCAGCAUGCAGAAUUAGAGCGCAGCAUGCAGAAGGAUAUCGACUAUGCCAUCCCUUCUGCUCAGAGCGAAGCAGCAGAAGCAGAUCCCCUGUGCAGACUGCUUGGCCGCGAACACGCGUAUGAGUGGUAG